AAGCUACACAGCCGGGUUUCUUGGUGACGUACGUGUGGGAAAGUACACACAGCAGCAGCGUCGCGGUGCUGCAGCGACCAGAAAACAAGAACACACACUUCUGCCCCGAACGGCUCAUGACACUCUCAUAAAAACCCGAAUUCCAGCCUGCGGCUACAAUAAUGGAGAAGCCUCCGUUCAAGCAGAACCAGAACUGCGGGGACUGGGAGCUGAAGGAGAGGCUGGGAAUGGGAGGCUUCGCUCAUGUUUACCUCUACCAGCACCGAGGAACUCACGAGAAACUUGCAGUGAAAAUGUGCCGCCUGGAGCUCACUCCAAGAAAUAAGGACAGAUGGAGCAAAGAAAUACAGAUCAUGAAAAAAUUGGAUCAUAUUAAYGUUGUGACGGCUCAAGACGUCCCAGAUGAAAUCAAACACAUCGCCUUGAACGAUCUUCCACUCUUGGCCAUGGAGUACUGCUCCAGAGGGGACCUGAGAAAUGUGCUGAGCAGACCUGAAAACUGCUGCGGUCUGAAGGAGAGCGAAGUUCUUCUUUUACUCAACGAUGUUGGAUCUGGUAUCCAGUAUCUGCAUGAAAACAAGAUCAUUCACAGAGACCUAAAACCUGAAAACAUUGUGCUCCAGGACUACAACGGAAAGCUGGUUCACAAGAUCAUCGACUUGGGUUACGCCAAAGACCUGGACCAGGGGAGUCUGUGUACGUCCUUCGUCGGAACACUUCAGUACCUGGCGCCUGAGCUGUUUGAGAACAAGGCGUACAGUGUUACCGUCGACUACUGGAGCUUCGGCACCAUGAUCUUUGAGUGCAGCUGUGGUUUCCGUCCCUUCCUGCACAACCUGCAGCCUGUUCAGUGGGCCAGCAAAGUGAAGCACAAAGGUCCAAAAGACAUCAUGGCUGUAGAGGAACCGAACGGUGAAGUCCGGUUCUCGACACAUCUCCCCUACCCGAACAAUCUCAGCAGGACUCUGCUGGAGCCRAUGGAGACCCUCCUUCAGCUGAUGCUGAAGUGGAUUCCACAGCAGAGAGGGGGCGCAGUAAACCCUCAAACCAAGAAACCACAGUGUUUUGACCUAAUUGAUGACAUACUAACAAUGAAGGUCGUCCACAUCCUCAACAUGACCACCGCUCAGGUCCACUCCUUCAAGCUGACUCCACACGAGAGUCUCCACAGUCUGCAGCUGAGAAUCGAGGCCGAAACCAAGAUCGAGGUGAUGAACCAGGAGCUGCUGCAGGAGACCGGCGUGUCUCUGGACCCCAGGAAGCCGGCAGCUCAGUGUGUCCUGGAUGGAGUGAGAGGUUGGGACAGCUACAUCGUCUACUUGUUUGACAAAAGCAUCACAAACUACUCCGGACCUCUGAACGCCAGACGGCUGCCUGAGAAGGUCAACAGUAUUGUACAAGAUUCCAAAGCGCCACUUCCUCUGAUUCUGUUAAAGAAAGUCUGGGGUGAAGCUGUGAGCUACAUCUGUGGUCUGAAGGAUGACUACAGCAGACUCUUCCAGGGCCAGAGAGCCGCCAUGUUGAGUCUCCUGCGCUACAACACCAACCUGACCAGGUAUAAAAACAGCAUGUUCGGUUUCUCUCAGCAGUUAAAGGCUAAGCUGGACUUCUUUAAGAGCAGCAUCCAGUACGAUCUGGAAAAGUACAGCGACCAAAUGCAUUAUGGGAUAUCCUCUGAGAAGAUGCUGAAAGCUUGGCAGGAGAAUGAAGAAAGAGCUGCAGCUUUUUCACAGGUGGCAGAGGUGACCCAUCUGGACGAUGAGAUCAUGGCUCUGCACUCUGAGAUCGUUGAACUCCAGAGGAGCCCGUACGCCCGGCGCCAAGGAGACAAGAUGGAGCAGCUAGAAGAAAAAGCGAUUGAGCUCUACAAACAGCUGAAGAUGAAAUGUAAAGUGCCCGACUCAGAUGGGACCAGCGACAGCUCCGAGAUGGUGAAGGCCAUCGUCCUGACGGUUCAGAACCAGGACAAGGUCCUCAAAGAUCUGUACACCCACCUCAGUAAGAUCCUGAUCAGCAAGCAGAAGAUUAUCGACUUGUUUCCAAAAAUCGAGAAAACCCUGGAGAGCAUCAAGGAUGCAGACAACACGGUGAUGCAGAUGCAGAUCAAGAGACAGAAGGAGUUCUGGCAUUUACUCAAGAUUGCUUGUGCCCAGAACUCGUCCCGGAACUCGAUCGCGGCGAGUCCGGACUCAUCCAACCUGCUGCAGGUCUCUCAGUGGUCUCAGUCGGCGCAGCCCGUCAGCUCCCCUCAUCCCCUGACCUCCUUACCUGGGCCCAACGACAGUGAUGCUGCUCCUCGACUCCUGCAGGAGAACCAGAAGUACCUCAGUCAGCUGACCAGCCUGAUGCAGGAGGCUGCAGACGAGCAGGCCAACAGCAUCGUGGACCAGGACUGGAGCUGGACGAAAUACGAAACUUUAACGACAAAAUUAAAAAAGCGAAACGCAUAAGMCCCGCCACCUUUUGCCCUUUCCGACCUGUUCUCCGACUAACACUAAGGACUGUAAGUCGUCAUCGCAGCGCAGUGGCUUUGUACAGAUUUGUACCCAGGAGGUCCAGAGAGAAACCAGAUUCCUGAGCGUCUCGGGAACCAAACAGACUCGUUCUUGUUCUCUCCUGGUGGGUGUCGGCUCCCAUCGUCUCGCACGGUGGAAGAUUUAAAGAAUCUUGUUUUUAUACCUGAAAAAGAUGAAGCUGUUUGUCCUUUUCGUCAUGCUGCACAAUACUCAUCUUCAUCAUCAUCAUCGUUCUUUACUGUAACGUCGAGCGAACUGUAGCACCGGAUCCAUCACACAGGAAGUGGUUCUGAGGUCAAAGGUCGAGGAGAUGGAAAAUCAAGCAAACUGCACUUUCAUGUAGCCUCUGAAGAGACGAAAACAAGCUGCCAAAACAAACAAAAACAAACUGCUCGUCUUCAGUUUGAGGGGAAAUGAUCUGUAUGUUCCUGAAUAAUAAUGUUUUAUUUCAUGCCUUGUACAUGGCUGGCCAUCGUGUUGACACAUCUGUAACUGUUUUACGUUCAGCCCAGGGUCUGAGCUGCUUCCAUCGGAGAAAAAAAACUAAUUAUCCUGUUUACGAUUCACAGACGUCUCAAAGAAGCAAAAUAUGCAAAAUUUUAAAAAAUUAAUCAAUAAGAAGAGAAGUUUUCCUCAAAGCCUGGUGAUUAUUUAUGAGCAAAUAUAAAGAAAUUAAGUGAAGUUAUAUUUAAUAACAAAUUGUUUUUAGUUUCUGGGAUUUUGUUUAUUUAUCAGCAGACAAAAAUAAACAAAUCAUCUUAGGUUCUGAGUGACGACACAAAUAUCUGCUAGAAUAGAGAAACAGAAAUAAGAUCUUUGACAGAAAAUAAACCGUUUGUGAACCAAAAUUAAAACUUUCAGUCAAAAUUAUUUAUAUUAAAACAUAUUUUCUCCACAUUAGAGCAAAUAACCUUAAAAAGACAUCACUAGUUUAUAUUAUUUCAUAAAAAUUUAUUUUCAAAUCAGCCAAAAACAUUCCUGAAUAGACAAUCUGUACAAAAGAUUUAAUUAUUGAUAAAAUACGAAAUAAUAAUAAAUAUUUAAAUAGAUUGUUGCUCUGAUUAUUGGCUGCAGGUUUUUCAGCGACUCGGUGUUCAAACCAAAUGAAAACAGUUAAUCUGUAACAGAUUAGCAGUCGGUUCUAAUAGAUUUAAUCCUUGCGGGCUGUGUAACUGUAACGCGGGCCAUAUCUGGCCCACAGACCUUGACUUUGACACAGGACCGCAAAGCUAAAAGAAAAUGAUAUAACUGUCAGACUUUGAGGAAAAGUAAAAAAAAUAAAAAUCUGAGUUUGUCCUUAAAAAAAUAUCAGAUUUGGUUCAUUUUAACCAAACAUCAGAUUGAAAUAAUCCGAUGAUGUGAAUGUAGGAAAAUCUGAACUCCAACUCUAUUUUAAAAGAAUCUGGUCAAAAUAAUAAAAACAGUUUGUAUAGAAAAUUUAAUUAAAUAUUUGAUGUUUUUUUAAUGGAUUCAUUGUUCCAAACCUGUUUUCUUCCAUCCAUCCCAUAAUAGCACCGUCUCAUCACUCAUGCAGGUYUAAACAGUCUGGUUUUGAUAUGAAUUCAGAUUAUUUGUGAUGAGUUAAGGUUCAGAUGUAUUUAUGAAGUUAAAGUGCAAUGACUAAAACAAUCUUUUCUUUUGUAUUUAAGUCUUUUUGAUUAUUUUACGUUGAAUAUUGUUUCCAUCUGCUGGUCUGAAUCUGUCUUUUUCACUGUAUGAAUGUUUACCGCCCAAUAAAUAAAUGAUUUUGGCACCUU